GAAAAGCAAAGCACUAAUAGUGCAGUACGCUCCCUUGUCGGCGACGUCUUACCCUGUUUCCUUUGAGAGAUAACCCUAAGUGGGGAGAUAGAUACCCCAUAAUAUAUUUUGGGCUUUGGGACAAUGCUUAUCAAAACUGUCAUUUUUAUUAUUAUCACUUUAUUUAAGGCAGGGGAGAUUAUUCAUUUCACACUCUAAUUACAAUUUAUAACCCAAUAUUCCACAUCCUAGAACCUUCCUACAGUACCUUUUUAUGUCACCCAAAACUCUCUUCUUUUAUAAAAUAAAAAUAAAAACAAAAACGGAAGAAAAAAGAAGAAGAAUCGAUUACGAUGCAAACAGAACCUCUCCAUCAGCAGCAACAAUUUUCAUCUCCGAGUUUCAGCAGUUACUCUUCCCAGACGUUGGCUCAAAUAGCAACCAGAGUUAUCCAACAACUCCACACCGACCCCAAUUCCCUAAACGACGACACUCCUAAACUAAACGACGCCGUCUGCGAUGACUUCGAUUUCGAGUUUGCUUUCGCUUCCACAGACUUCGUCUCCUGCCCUGUAUCCGCCGACGACAUUUUUCACAACGGUCAGAUCACACCAACUUACCCACUCUUCGAUCAAACUUUGCUCAACGGUGUCGUUUCCCUUUCCGAAACGGUGCCUCAUCGUCGUCGUUUACCCUUGAAGAAGCUUAUGGAAGACGACGGUGAAGAGCUCGAUGGCGUGGCUGCGGAUUCCUAUUGCGUCUGGACUCCACCUUGCAAAAAGAGUAGUUCUACGGGGUCGGCGUCGAAACGGUGGAAGUUUCGUGACUUGCUACUCCGGAGCCACAGUGAUGGGAAGAAGGACUCGCUGCUUUUUUUUAAUUCUGCCGGCAAGCAUAGCUCCGCCGUUGAUGGUGGCACCGGCGCGGCCAAGGAUGGGUAUCGAUCGAAAAGGAAGUUAGGAAUUAGUUGGGUCGUCCAGUGAUGGCGGUUUUUUGGAUUCACAAAUCGCAAUUAGUUUGAAACCAAAAAAUUAAGUAGAUAAGUGUUAAUAACACACUUUUAACGCAUAUUUUUUUAAUGCACUCUUACAAAUUACAUUUCCAGUAUUUAUCUCAUUUAACUGAGGAUUACGUUGAAAAUUAUGUAUUAAGUAGUAUGUUGUUAGAAUUAUUAUAAUACAAGUUAUUGGUAUUAUCUAUUGGUAACCGAAUUCCGGGGGAUUUUCUAAGGUGUAGUUAAAAGUUGCAUAAAACUUAUGCUUUAGUGUAAAAUAUAUCUUUGAUUUGUCAUUUUAAUUCUUAUCAAUGUGUGAGAUAUUAUUUACUAUAAUUUUUUGGCAUGUA